CGUAACGCAUGAUAAGUUUUCAGGAGCGUCUGUGAGUGGGCAGAUUGAAUGUAAAACGACGGUUUUAUCGAGUUACAGAUAAUCCAGUUUUGAUUUUUGGUGUUCAGAUUUUAUUCUAUUAGACACAAAUACGUAUGAAUUUGGCAACUGGACAAAUUAGAGUAAAAUGACUCUACAAUCUGAAGACAGAAAAAACCAUCCCGAUCUAAAUUCUCACGAAAGGUCGGAAGUUCUACAACAGCCACGUAGGAGUAUAAUAAUUCGCACAUCGGAUAAUAUCGAAAACGAAUAUCCCGGACGAACCAGUGAAGAACCUAAUACAUCUGACGGCAAAAAAAUGAUGAUGGACACUCUGGAAGAUUAUGAUUUGCAUGAGUCUCCUCCGGACAAGAGAUUAAAGUUAGAUGGAAACAUUCCUCAACACGUGGCGGCGCAGUUGCCAAGAGUAUUGGACAUGAACGUUACUCUAUGGCAAUUUCUUCUCGAAUUAUUGAUGGAUGGAAACAACAGUCAUCUGAUAAGCUGGACUUCCAAUGACGGAGAGUUCAAGCUUCAUAACUCAGAAGAGGUUGCGAGACUUUGGGGUCUGAGAAAAAACAAGACAAAUAUGAAUUACGAUAAAUUGAGCAGGGCUCUCCGAUAUUAUUACGAUAAAAAUAUUAUCAAAAAAGUGAACGGACAAAAAUUCGUCUACAAAUUUGUAUCCUUCCCUGAAAUAAUAAAAACAGAAACAAAGAUUCCAUUUCGAGUCAAGAUGGAACGAAUGAGUCACCCAUCGUCAGAAAGCGCUGACGAAGGAAGAGCAUCACCACCCACGCAGUCGAGCAUGUCAAGUCACGUGAUGGACAAAUUGGAAAAUUACAAUAACAGCGCAGAUGAGCGAAUGUGGCGACCAGCCCAGCAAAGUACAGGACUUAGCUUCCCGCCAAAUAAACGAGACAUUUACGGAUCCCAAUAUUCCCAAAGUCCAAGAUAUGAUGCUGGUUCUGAUGAAGAAGAAUUGUCACGAAGGAGGACGGAAUACGCAAACGCCAUGAAGUAUAUGAAUCCUUUGUCUGGCAUUGAGAGUCUAACGAAAGAAGAACAAGUCGCCAGAUCAGCAGUGGCUUUUUGGGCCGAGAUACAGCAGGCGGCGGCUGUAGCUGCCGCAGCGAAUCUUCACAAAAAUUCUGUUCAACAACCUAGAAACAGUGCGGAUUUUGGAAGAUCCAGUCCUCGACGUUCAUACUCGCCACCAAGUCCUAAUAGACUAAGCAACGCUUGGCAGAAUCAUAACAGCAACAACAUGUACAAUAAAACACACGAGCAACUUCAACAACAAGCACUGUAUGAUCGACUGUAUAAUAUGCAAAAACUGUCCGAAAGCAGGAAUUCAAGAAGGACACCACCACAAGAUCAAGAUUCGUAUUCAAGAAACCGGCACCCCGAAUCUUAUAUCAAAGAAGAAGUCGAUAUUGACCGAUAUCAGCAAUCUUCAUCUGGAAGCCAAAAAUCAAUUUCUCGACACCAAGAGAUAAUGGAACAAAGAAUGAAUGAAGAGCGUAAGAGAAGCACGGAAGAACUGAUCAAUUAUAAUAACAGGGCUCUACAGAAUGCCAUCCUGGCACGGGCACCUAAAAACGACUUAUUUGGCGAAUCGCCGUUCACGGUACAUUCUCAGGGUUCGCUCGCAGUGACGUCUAACCAUUCUCCAGAUGGGCGAUCCCAUUCUGAUGACAGAGCAAGACAAGAAAUGCGAUCAUAUUCACCUGCCAAUCACUCAUCACCAGAAUCAUCUCAUAUUCAUAAAUCACCUAUUCAUCCACAUAUUCAUCAUAGUUCUGGUCCAACAAUACAACUACACCGACCAUCCGAAGAAAAACCAUCUCUUCGACAUCCUCAUCUUCGCUUCCGUGAAAGGUCACCCACGCCACAAAAAGGUGAAAGCACGCCUUGUAAAGUUAGCAGCCGAUCGUCUUCACCCAACGAACGUUUUGACAAAAGUGAUGUAAAAUCCAGCGAAUUGAAGUUUCCUGCAAGAGCCGCAUCACCAAUAGACCCCGUUGCCAUGACAGCAUCGUUUGAUUCUCAAAAUACCAAUGCAGCAGCCACCGCAACGAUGUUGAUGAUGAGAAUGAUGGGUAAUCAUGUACCGCGUGGAAUUAUGGGACAAAAUGACAAUAAAUCAGAUGGUGAGGCCUCAAUAAACAUGAAAGAAGAACAAGAAAACAAAACUAAAUCAUAUUCUUUCAAACAAAGAGACGAGUUGUUGAAAGAACUAGGUCUCCCCAAGUGUGAUGUAUUAUCGAACGUCCUUCCAUUGUCGCAAGUAAGACAAGGAGAAAAACCUUUGAAUCUAUGCACAUCACCACGAUCUUCUGCUUCUUCUCCAAAAUCCACUACCUCUUCCAGGAACUCACCCGUACCAAACUUCAACAGAAAACGAAAAGCCGACAGUCUGAAUGGAUCGAGGCCAAACUCUCGACCUAAUUCAGUAUCGCCACUCACUAUAGAAAGAACAACAAGUUCGCCGCAAUUGGAAAAAUCUAUCACGAAAACGAAUGAAGGUACCAAUAAAAUCCGACGAAAUAUUUCCGGUAAAAAGUCGAUUGACAGGAAGCCCAGUCCUAUUGACCUCAGUCGAGCGAAAAGAAGUGGUGAAGACGGUGAUGACUUCGGUAUGUUGCCUAGGUUUCACGCUGGACUCUUGGGAAACGUGUCGUUAUUUCCUGACGGACGAAGCAUUAACACUCCAGACGCUGUUUCUCGGAAAACCCCAUCCGAUACAACUGGAUCGUUCUUUUCGGGACCAGCAUUGAUGACUCCGUCACCAAUGGUAAUACCAAGCAUUACAUUCUGGAGUACGCUCAGCCCGAUGAGCGCUAAAGAUGGCGAAGCACCUAAGUUUUCAUUCAUGCCUUCAACGACGAAUUCAAAUUCACCGAACUCGAAUCAGACAAUAUUUCAAUUCCCCACUAUAGUAAACGGUCAAAUGACAUUAGCAGGAGUUCCCGUUCGACCUAUCGCCGCAGCACUCGGCCACCCUAUUCCAGCAAGUCACGUAAGCACAGUUGCAACUCAACUAUCAAGCAAGAUUACAUCAGUUUCCUCUCCACUCACUCAGCAAUCACCAAACGAACUAUCUGUUCCCACUUCAUAAAUAGAAUAUUGAUGAUGCAAUUUUUUUAAAUUUCUUAUUAACUUUUUGUAAUCGAUGUUAUAUCGACGAAAUGAUUGCAUAUUUAUUAUUGCUAUAAGUUGCCAAUUUUCAUGCUUCCAAUAUUUUUUGUGAAAAAUAAUAGAAUAACAAAGCAAAUAUGAAUAUAAUGUUGUCAUGAAUGCGCUACUUCCACGUAAUUUGACCAUGGUAUUUCCUCAUAUUGGUCAAAGCUAUGACCUGAUCAGCUGUGACGAUAGUUUGUUAUCUCGAUUUUGGUCUUAUGUUUCAGUUAUAAAUAUAGUUAAUUUCAUUACAUGUAGCUCCAUUGACCAUUAUACAGACAUAAAUACAUACAUAAAUUAACAAUAUCCUCUGUGGGAAAUCUGUAUGAAUGUACACCAUAUAUUCUCCAGCACCUUAGUACCAGAGUACUGAUCUAGUACUAAUUUUUCAAAGCAUUACAAUGUACAAGCAUAAAUUUUUUGAUGAACAUGGUAUUUUAAAAGGUAAUCUAAAAAAAGCUGUUUUGUUUGAACAACAAAUUUUUUUAAUCACUAUUUUAUUUAAAUCAUAAAAAUGAAAGUAAUUAAAAAUUCUGCAUAACAAAAUGUACUUAGAUAUACGUAACCCAACUUUGAAUAAAUUUAAAACUUCAGAAAUAAUUUCAUUUGACGCUUAAUUUUGAAAAUUGUGUCAUUUUAGUACAAUCAGAAACAUUUUAAGUGCUGUCCAGUAAGCACCACUGGUUCAAAUUUGACAAAAAAAGUUUUAAUUUCCACUGUUUUUUUUUGUGAUCUUGGAAUAUGUAUGCCAUAUGGGUCGGGCAUUUUGAUUUUGAAUGUCGACUGAAAUAUUUUGGUCUAGCAUGAACUAUUUGCCAACAAUUCUGGGCCUAAAUCUAAUGAAGAAACUAAUUCUACUUCACACCUAUAGUUUGUACAUUUCACAACAACAGCCAUACAUAACCACUGGUUCCAUCCACAUAUUUGAUUUGUACUCAUAUUGAUUAAUAUUAUGAAUGUUUGUACUGUAUUUCCUCACAUUUUCUUCGCUGUUGCCAACUUGUUUGUACUCUAUUUUGCAUUCAUUUGAGACUGAUUUGGUUUUUACGUUGCUGCAUCAUAGCCUAUUAUUACAACACUGUUUCAAUUUUCUGUCGCCUGUUUUAUGCUUUCGUAUGCUACUUUUUGCAAUUCUACUGUUUCAUCGCGACCGAUCGGUUCUAUAUUACAAUUGCAAUGCUGUUCGCUUUAUUAUUUUUUCAAACUUAUGUGUAAUUUUUUUGUUUGGGUGAGUCGUGGAUAAGCGACUGACAAAAUGGACGCUUCUUAUUUCUAUUAAAAUUUUCUAAAAACA